UUACAGAAAAUAAAAAAUAAAAAUCCAGUUGCGCCAUGAAAAAUAGAGAGAAACAGAGUCGACACUGUAUAGCGAGGGAAAACGACUCUUCAAAUUAUCCAUGGUAGGGUUUUACAAUCUUAGGGUAUUUCCAGCUUUCUUAAACCUAGUUUCUGUUUCUACAAUAUCCAUGACCCGACCCGCGAAGCGCGAACGGGGUACUGUUACUGCUAGUAGGACAACAGGAUCCAAUAAUGGUAGAGCAGAAUUUGUGAGUUUAUCAGACGGUCCAGCGUCUGCCGGACGUGCAGCUCUUCGAUCACGGUACCUCGCCGUGAAGAACCUCAUUAAUGGUGAAAGAGAGGAUAUUGGAAAAUUUGAUUCGGAUAAGUUCAAGUCCGUCUUUCAUGAAGUGCAAAGCUUGCACCAACAAGUACAGAAACCAAGAGAACAAAUUGUUGAUGCAGAGGCUCUGUUUGGAAUCACAAACUCAUUAUUGGUGUCUGUCAAGGCGCAUGGCAGUGAUGGAAUAACUGCCUCCGAUUUUGUAAGUUGCCUCCUUAAAGACUUUGGGCAACAAGGUGGGCCUGGCAGUUGCGCAGAAGCUGUUAGGGACAUAGUCUGGAACAAGAUUGGAGCUGCAGCAUCUCAUGUAUUCAGGACUGGUCCAGGCUGCUGCACCAUGAUUGGGCCUAUGGAUGCUGAAUUAAAAACGCGGAAGACUGUUGUUAGAAAACAUGAGAAACCAACUACGAGUGCUCAGCCUGAAGAGGUUGGUGGAAAUCUGGGAGAAAAAAGAAGAGAUACAGAUUUAAAUAUGGCAACUAUGUUUAACAUUUUAAAGAAUAGAAAAAUCGUGAAGCUUGAAAAUUUAGUUUUGAAUAGAAACUCAUUUGCGCAGACUGUGGAGAAUUUGUUUACCUUGUCAUUUCUAGUUAAAGAUGGCCGGGCUGAGAUAAAAGUGAAUGAGAAUGGCUGGCAUCUAGUUUCUCCAAGGAAUGCUGCUUCAGCCAUGGCAGUUGCCUCAGGGGAGGUUGUAUACAGGCACUUUGUCUUCAGAUUGGACUUCAAGGAUUGGCAGUUGAUGGCAUCUUCUGUUGGUCUAGGGGAGGAGGUGAUGCCAAAUAGGACUCAAAUGAGCCUUUCAUGUAAUAGUCAGCAAGAUCCAAUGUCUAUAGGAUCUGAAGCAGGACCUACCACACCAAUUCGGAAGUUGUCCAGGAACCGUGGUUUUAUUUUACAGGAAGAGACAAUUGCAGAAAAACCUGAGAUAGACACUUAAGUUUUGGAGGAGACAAUUGCAGAAGACACAUCACCUGAGAAAAACAAUACUCUGACAAGCACAACUGUUAGUCGGAAAGGAAAGCGCAAGGCACAGUGACAUUGGUGGUGGAUUAAGUAGAAAAUUAGGGUUUGCCUAGUUAGUUACAAUCAGUUAGAUCUAUACAUGCCGAGAAUCAUACUACUUGAUUAGUUUUAUCAUAGCAAUUAAAUUUGCUCCUAUUCGUUCUCCCCACAUUUAUUUGGGGUUGUCUGGUAAUAGAAACUCUGAAUGACAUUCAUAAAUUUGUUGCUACACCAUAUCUGAUCCGAACGCUAAAAGAAUAAUUUGUGAAUAUUUCUUUUGCAUA